AUGGCUAUAUUUUCUGAUAUGGUUGAGGAGAUUAUGGAAGUAUUUAUGGAUGAAUUUUUUGUGUUUGGGUCAUCUUUUGAUCAUUUUCUACAUAAUUUUUCUUUGGUACUUUGUCGUUGUGAAGAGAAGAAUCUUGUGCUGAAUUGGAAGAAGUGUCACUUCAUGGUUCAGGAAGGAAUUGUUUUGGGGCACCAUGUGUCAAAGGAGGGCCUUGAAGUGGAUCUAGCAAAGAUAGCAAUUAUUAAGAAGUUACCUCCACCAACAAAUGUCAAAGCUAUUAGAAGUUUCCUUGGACAUGUUGGUUUCUAUAGAAGGUUUAUUAAAGAUUUUUCAAAGAUAAGUAACCCAUUGUGUAACCUUCUUGAAAAAGACACACCGUUUAUUUUUUAUGAGGAAUGUAGACAAGCUUUUGAGGCUAUAAAGGAGAAGUUGGUGACCACACCAAUUAUGGCUGUGCUGGAAUGGAGUCAACCUUAUGAGAUUAUGUGUGACGCUAGUGAUUAUGUUGUGGGGACUGUUUUGGGUCAUGCAGCGCUUCGUUACCUUUUUGUAAAGAAAGAUGACAAACCGAGGUUGGUUCGUUGGGUGUUGUUGCUCCAAGAAUUCGAUGUCGAGAUUAUUGAUAAGAGGGGAAGUGAGAACUUGGUGGUUGAUCACUUAUCUAGAUUGAAGAAUGGAGUAGAGGAAGAAAACAAUCCCAUUAAGCAAAUAUUUCUAGAUGAGUAG